CUGAAAUAUGAUUGGCUAUAUUGUUUGAUUUGACAAAACACAAAUGGAUUUGUCGAACCAAUUGCUAGAACCAAUCAGAGGCGGCAAUACCACACACAUUGUGCGGCAGCGGCAAACCACGAGACGAUGGAUGCACAACGCGCGCUUCUCGACGAGCUGAUGGGCCGAAACCGUGAUGGGGAUAAGCCUGAAGAAGACAUCAGUGACUUCCGUGAUACCCGCGUGUGCAAGCGAUUCCUUUGCGGGUUGUGUCCGCAUGACUUGUUCCAAAACACAAAGAUGGACAUGGGCGAGUGCGAAAAGCUGCAUUUGCCCAAACUCAAGGUCGCGUACGACGCGGAGAAGUCCAAGCCGCAUUCCCGAGACUAUGGGUACGAGAACGACUUGUUGCGUGAACUAGAGCGCUACGUUUCAGACGUCGAGAAGAAGAUUGCCCGGGCGCAGAAGCGGCUGGAGGAGCAAGAAGGCGCGCGUCCACCGACGUUGGCCGACAUUGAGAGCAGCAAAGAGGUGUUGGAAAUCACUGCCGAAAUUGCUGACCUCAUGCAAAAAGCAGAGGACGCGGGCAACGAAGGCGAAGUCGAUUUGUCCAUGGAGUUGAUGGCGCAAGUCGAGGUGCUCAAGCUCAAGAAGAAUGCCGUGCAGGCCAACCCGUCCUCCUCCGACAGCAGCGGCGGCGCCAGCGCUCCGACUCCUGUGGUGAACGAGUACGACGCCACGCAGCUCCAUCUCAUGAACGUCUUGCCCGGCAACCCUCUGGCCAUGACCAACGUCAACAACAAACUCCGCGUUUGUGACAUGUGCGGCGCGUUCCUUAGCAUUUUCGACAGUGAUCGCCGCUUGGCCGAUCACUUUGGCGGCAAGAUGCAUCUUGGAUACAUGCAAAUUCGAAAAAAGAUCGCCGAAAUGAAGCUCGCGAGGGAAGCAGCGUACUCGGGGGGUCCUUCCGCCGGGACGCCAUCAGUCGACGCCGCUGCGGCGUCCGCCGCCACAAAUCCCAUCGACGGGCCUGCCUUGUCCCGUCGGGAUUCAGACCACCGCCGGUCUCGCUCGCUGUCCAGAGACCGCGGGAGCAAUCGCCGAUCUCGCACGCCGUCCAGAGAUCGCGGGAGCAGUCGCCGGUCUCGCACGCCGUCCAGAGACCGCGGGAGCAGUCGCCGGUCGCGCCGAAGCCGCAGUCGAAGUCGAGACCGCCAACAACGCCAACGUCGUAGCCGGAGCCGUGACCGCCGCCGUCGUUAACUUUCAUAACACGUGCAUGUAACCAAACGUUUCCUAGUUAAUCUAAAUUUAGCACGACAAACUGAAACGAGA